CUCCCCCUUAUUCCCCUCUCUCUCUCUCUCUCUCUGUGAUGGAGCACUGUAAGGAAGAGGGUUCAGAAAGGAUGUUGAGGGAAAGGGUUGCACUGAUUCUUUAAAAUUAAUCAUUUUUAUGGAGUUUUCAUGUCAAAGCUUUCAUCAAGAUCUGUCCAUGCCUUCAGACACAAGGUCAUUCCACAACAGCAGAGGUCAGAUGGAUGCAAAAUCUGUAAGAUGUCUUAUAAACAGCAUUUCUCGAUUCAUUCAUCUAGUGUCAUGCCAGACAUUGAAGAGUAUGCCUACUCAGAAGAGUUGCAGAAAUAUGGCGAGUUUGUUAAAGCAGUUGAAGCCAGUGCUUGAUAAUGUUGUUGAUUAUAAACUACCUUCAGAUGAAGUCCUUUGUAAAGAGUGUGAAGAGCUAGAUAUAGCUGUUAAUGAGGCUAGGGAGUUCAUAGAGAAUUGGUGUCCCAAGAUGAGCAAGAUUUGCAGCGUUAUGCAAAGUGAGCCAUUGGUGAUGAAAAUCCAUAGCUCUUCACUUGAGAUUUGUCGUAUUUUAUGUAGACUGCUACAAUCAUCACCACCUACUUCAAGUUUAACUUGUAUUCAGCACUGUAUGCAAGAACUGCAAUGUUUGGAGCUGGAAAGAAUAUCAGAGCCCAUAGAAGAGGCAUUGAAAAGUAUAAGAGAAGGAAUCAUUCCAUCCUCUGGACAUCUAAUAAAAAUUAUUGAGUCACUUAGUUUGACAUCAAGCCAGGAACUGUUGAAAGAGAGCUUGGCCUUGGAGAAGGAGAGAUUGAAAGCCCAAGUCAAUAAAAAGAAAGGGGAUUUAGAUCAAAUUAACCAAAUUGUUGACCUUAUUUCCCAUAUUCGUGAUUGCAUGACUAAACUCGAGAACUUUAAGGCCAUAAAUGGUGUCCAGAUCCCUUUACACUUCCGCUGCCCUUUGUCAUUAGGGCUUAUGAUGGAUCCGGUGAUUGUAGCUUCUGGCCAAACCUAUGAAAGGGCGUCCAUCCAAAAAUGGCUGGAUCAUGGGUUGACUAAUUGCCCGAAAACCCGUCAAACCCUCUCUCACACAAACCUCAUUCCCAAUUAUACUGUCAAAGUUCUGAUAGAAAAUUGGUGUGAGGAAAACAAUAUAAAACUCCCCAACACCUCUGUGUGCACUAAUAAUAUCUCAGCCCCAUCCAGGUCUGAAGAUGUAUCUGCUCAGGAUCUUAUUCGUUUGGACAGUUUCCGUUGUUCGUCACACAGUAACGAUUCUGCAUCAAGAUCCUCCGUUGACGAUGGACAUGGAUAUCAGAAACAGAAUAAUUUUAGUGAGCAAGAAUCUAAUGGGUUCCAGAUUAAGGAAAAUGAAAAGUUUGGCCACUCAUCCCCCGAACAGUCAUACAUUCACAGUAGGAGUGAAUCAACCUCGAGUUUAAUGUCAAGCAUUGAUUAUAUCCCUACAGGAUCGAUUGAGGUGUCAAGGAUGUCUGGUAGGCAUGAAAAUAUGAGUGAGUUGUCUGGAGAAAUGGUAUCCGAGUUUCCCAAUUCUUCUCCUUCAAAUAAAAGUUCAGGAUUCUCUCCCUGGUUAUCAGGAAAACAAUAUUAUAGCUCCAGGACAAUGUCUGAAAUGGCUGGCAAUGGAAACCGUAAUUACCCAAGAACACUGACCUUUCCAUAUGCUGAGCCGGGAUGUGAUGAUGUAACUGCAACUUCUCAUGUUGAGAAACUGGUUGAAGAUCUAAAGAGUCAUUCAAAUGAAACUCAAACUUCCGCUGCAGCAGAAUUGCGGUUUCUUGCAAAGCAUAACAUGGAGAAUCGUGCUAUUAUAGGCCGUUGUGGGGCUAUUGCACCGUUGCUUUCGCUGUUAUAUUCAGAAGUGAAGCUAACUCAAGAGCAUGCUGUUACUGCCCUUCUGAACCUAUCAAUUAAUGAAAACAUUAAGGCCAUGAUUGCGGAAGAGGGAGCAAUUGAACCACUAAUCCACGUUUUGAAAACGGGAAAUGCGGGAGCCAAAGAGAAUGCUGCAGCGGCUUUGUUCAGCCUUUCUAUUUUGGAAGAAUACAGAAUAAAAAUUGGGCGCUCUAGUGCAGUUAAAGCAUUGGUUGAUCUGCUAGGGUCUGGUACUCUCAGAGGGAAGAAAGAUGCUGCAACUGCCUUGUUUAACCUUUCGAUCUAUCAUGAGAAUAAGGCUCGUAUAAUUCAAGCAGGAGCUAUUAAGUACCUGGUUGAGUUGAUGGACCCUGCAACAGAAAUGGUUGACAAGGCUGUUGCUCUUCUUGCAAAUCUGUCUACAGUGGCAGAGGGAUGCUUGGCAAUUGCACGUGCAGGGGGCAUACCAUUACUGGUUGAGGUUGUUGACACAGGAUCUCAGCGAGGAAAGGAAAAUGCUGCUUCCAUACUGUUGCAACUGUGCAUUAACAAUCCCAAGUUUUGUCGUCUGGUGUUGCAAGAAGGAGCUGUUCCACCUCUCGUUGCAUUAUCUCAGUGUGGCACACCAAGAGCAAAAGAGAAGGCACAACAACUUCUCAGCCACUUCCGGAACCAGCGUGAAGGGGCCUUGGGAAAGGGAAAAUCACGAGCAGAAAGAGUUUAAUGAAUGAAUACCUGCACAUUUGAUAUUCUAUUCCAUGGAGAGACAAUAUUGCGUGGACGAAAUGGAUUCUGGGAUUGAUUUGCUCCAUUGAUUGAAGCUUGCUGAAAGGAUGUGAUCCAUCUGGGUUUAGGCUAAAUGAGUUGUAGAAGAAGUUUUCCACUUUUGUACAGACAAAUUAUCUACUGAUUUUUCUUGUAGGAUUGUAGUCCAGGUUGGUUUUGUAAAGUGAUGUAUUUUCUUGAUUAACAGAAUAGUGUCAUGUAAUGUUUUGUUUUGGCUGAUGCAUUUGAGACUCAUUUCAAGUUGGAACGCCUGCCGAGCAUGCUUCUUGGUACAAAAAAUUUCCUUUGUUUGGGAGAGUGCUGAAUCGGUGCCUUGGAAUUAGAGUCUAAAGAAAUUAAAUUUGAACUUUAUUU